AUGUUUGAAAUUGUUGCAUGUGAAACAUUUUGUUUGGAAGACACCGAUACAUAUCUAGAAGCAACACAAGCUUUAAAUACCGAUGUGUUAUCCCAGGAUACUAUUAGAUUUGUGGAAUCUGUCCCAGAAGGAUUAAUUCCGGCUUUGCGAAGAUGCUAUAAUAAGAAAGUUGUGUCCUGCAAAUUAUUAAGGCAAACAAAUCUUCACAAAAGUGCUGGAGAAGGUAGCACUUUGCUGCUAGAAAUUGAAAUACCUAAAAACUCUAAAGACGAGUUAAAAUAUGAGCCUGGUGAUCACAUAGGUGUUUUUCCUGAAAAUAGUUCAGAAAUUGUUAAUGGUUUAUUAGAACGACUUGAAGGUGCUGAAUCACCAGACUCACCAGUGGAACUACAGGUACUAAAAGAAACACAAACACAUAAUGGUGUUGUACGUUCUUGGUCUGGGCAUGAACGACUUCCAAGAUGCAGUUUACGAAUGCUGCUAACUAGAUUUUUAGAUUUAACAACUCCUCCCUCACCUGCGAUACUUCAGUAUUUGUCAAGUUGUUGUACAGAAGAAAUAGAUAAAGAUAAAUUAGAAUCACUGGCCUCAGAUUCCGCGGCAUAUGAAGAUUGGAGGCAUUUGAAAUACCCUCAUCUAUUAGAAGUGCUAGAACAAUUUCCUUCUUGUAGACCUAGUGCUAAAAUGCUUUGUGCCCAGCUGAGUCCUCUUCAAGCUCGUUUCUACAGUGUUUCAUCAGCUCCUGAACCACAUCCUGGCCAGAUACAUUUAACAGUAGCAGUAGUUCAAUACAAGACUCAAAACGGAGAAGGACCACUACAUUAUGGAGUAUGUUCUAAUUAUUUGAAAAGACUCACUUCAGGAAAAGAAAUUGCUAUAUUUGUUAGAAGCGCGCCAAGUUUUCAUUUGCCAAUAGAUUCAGGGCGACCCAUCGUGUUAAUCGGACCAGGAACUGGUGUUGCACCUUUUCGAGGCUUUUGGCAUAGUUUACAUCAUAAAUACAAAACUGAAGGCGUUGCAAUCCCAAAACUUUGGUUAUUUUUUGGAUGUAGACAACGCGCCUUAGAUUUAUAUCGAGAAGAAAAAAACUUAAUGUUAGAAGAAAAAAUAAUUGACAGAGAAUUCUUAGCACUUAGCCGACAACCUGGACUUAAAAAGACUUACGUGCAAGACUUAGUAUUAUCAGUGGCAGAUGAUAUGCGAAGAAUUUUAGUACAUGAACAUGGACAUUUAUAUGUGUGUGGAGAUGUUACAAUGGCUGAGUGUGUUCAUCAAGCUGUUAGAACUGCUUUGACAAAACAGGACUCUAUUCCAAAAGAAACCAUUGAUCGUUUCUUGCUGGAUAUGCGAGAUGAAAAUCGAUAUCAUGAAGACAUAUUUGGUAUCACUCUGCGCACUGCUGAAGUUCAUAAUAGAUCAAGGGCUACAGCAAGAAUAAGACUUGAAAAACAAAAUUGA